AUGAAGAGAUGGUCUAUUCAGCAAUUGGAUAUCAAUAAUACAUUUUUACACGGCGAUUUAACAGAAACAGUUUAUAUGGUACUUCCUCUUGGCAUUAUUCCAUCCCGUUCCAAUCAGUGUUGCAAGCUCCUUAAGUCUCUUAUGGGUUGCGACAGUCAAGCAGAAUGCGUUUAUGUUGAUGACAUCAUCGUUACUAAAAAUUCUACUGCUGAAAUUGCUUCUAUUAAGAAGAUUUUGGACUGCAAUUUUAAGAUUAAAGAUCUUAGUACACUUAAGUAUUUUCUAGGAAUUGAAGUUGCUCACUCUUCAAAGGGUAUUUCUCUUUCUCAGCAUAAAUGCCUUGGUUUAUUAGAUGAUUCUGAAUUACUUGGUGCUAAACCUGCUGUUAUCCCUAUGGAUAGUACUAUUAAGCUUUACCAAGAUAAUGGUCCUCUUCUUUCAGAUCCCUCUGUUUAUCGCCGUCUUAUUGGCUGGUUAAUUUAUUUGACGACUACUCAACUGGAUAUUAUACUGUUUCAUGUUAAUCUUUUCAAGUUGGGGAUUCUUGAUAUAUAUCAUCCUCCAACUUGUCGGGGGCAUAUUGAAUCAGCCACCUUUAGAAGCCCAUGA